GGUUGCCGUACUCAGUGGGGGUGUACUCGGUCAGCACAACUUCACCACAACGCAUCGUGGGCGUAACGGCUUUGUAAUUCGCUAAAAUUACGCGCUCAAUAUGCUUCGCCUAUACGCUAUCGUUUUACUUGCUUCAUGUUCACAUAUAGCGCAUGUAAGUGCUGCAGACUCUGCGAGUGGAGAUUCUUGCACUGCCAUUUCGAUUCCAAUAGUGAACCGCAUCGAUGGGUGCCUUAAGAAGCUCGGGGCAUCCUGCGAUGCAUCCCAGGACUUAAUCGAUGCUGUUUCUCCACUUGUGAGGUGUGUGUACGAGGCUUUGAAAGACUUCAACAAGCCCCAGGAUGCAGUGGUAGCGUACGUGGAUGUUUUCACCGAGCUUAUCAACGCGACCAACACCAACAAAACGCAAGCGCUGUCAAUAGAUCUCAUCAACAGUGUUAACAAGGUAAAAGCCGGAACUGUGAGGCUGAACUACUGUUCUCGCGGAAAUGUGGACGUCUCGUUGCCAAGUGCCCUCAUCGGUCAGUGCAACACUGACCUGGGGAACAGCUGCAAAAAGUCAGCAACAAACCUUGCAGCCCCGCUUGUGUCACUUGUUCAGUGCCUCGUGGGAAAUGCACUUCCCAGUGCUCCGGAAGACAAGAUCAUCGCCCUUGUCUGCGACCUCGUUGACAGCACUAACAUCAACGCUUUCAGACGCCUGAUUCUGUGGACGGGCGUGUACGAUAUCAAAAGAACGUGGUGUCAGUAAAUCAGUUCUCUCGGAUCACCGGCGUGGCGAUGCCACAUCAGAAGCGAGGGAGCUCGACUGCACAAAUAAACACGUUUUCGAACAACAUA